AUGGAUACUAAUGCUACAUUUUUACAUUUGGUGGGACAUGUAGAAUUAGAUAAGUACAGAUAUGUUUAUUUUUUACUCAGCCUUUUUGUAUAUUUAUUAAUCAUUUGCUGUAAUGUUCUUGUCAUUUUUGUGAUAUGCACAAACAAACAUCUGCAUGAGCCCAUGUACAUAUUUGUUGCUGCUUUGCUCUUAAAUGCCCUUCUUGGAGUGACUGCUUUUUACCCCAAACUGCUAACAGAUUUUUUAUCCGAAAGUCAAAUAAUCUCCUUUGAUGCUUGUGUAUUUCAGGCUUAUUGGCUUUACACUUAUGGCAUGUCUGAGUUCACUCUGUUAUCAGCUAUGGCCUAUGACAGAUACGUGUCCAUCUGUAAACCAUUACAUUAUACAACUCUUGUAAAAAUGUCCACUGUGAAAAAACUCUUAUUUUUAUGUUGGUUUGUACCUUGCUGUGAAAAUACUAUGGGAAUUAUAUUAAUCUAUAAGCUUAAGAUAUGUAGGUUUAAACUAAACAGAGUUUAUUGUAAUAAUUUUGCAAUUGUUAAACUGAGUUGUGGAGACAUUUCUGUAAAUAAUUCAUAUGGACUUUUCCUUUUAAGCAUUUCUGUAUUUCCCCCAUUGUUUUUUGUGUUUUUCUCAUAUGUUAAAAUACUUUCUGUAUGUUUAAGGAACUCUAAAGAUUUCAGAAGAAAAGCUCUACAGACUUGUUUACCACAUCUUUUCAUUUUCACAAGUUUUACUGUCACUUCAUGUUUUGAAGUUAUAAAUAGUAGAUUAGAAGGUAAAAUGCCUCACAUGAUUACUAUGAUAAUGUCAGUGGAAAAUCUGGUUAUUCCUCCUCUAUUAAAUCCCAUUAUAUAUGGACUAAAACUGCAGGACAUUUUUAAUAGGAUUAAGCGAUUUUUUGGGAAAAAAACACAAAUAUCUUUUUUAAGUUGUUCUAGUUAG